GUCCUCGUGCCCUGGGCCGCCUGGGUCGGUCUUGGCGCGCUGGGGGUGUUGGUAGCUGCUCCCUCUUGUUCUCCGGGUCCGCGUCGUUCACGGUGGCCCCGGUGGCUCUCUGGGUCCGCGUCGUUCACGGUGGCCCCGGUGGCUCUCUGGGUCCGCAUGGUUCACGGUGGCCCCGGUGGCUCUCUGGGUCCGCAUGGUUCACGGUGGCCCCGGAGGCUCUCUGGGGGCGCUGCCCUGUGGCUCCUACGGCCCGGGGGGAGGGGUGCCCUGUUGGCUUGGCCCUGCCUUGCCGUGAUUGCUGUUCUGGACUUCGGGGUCCUUCACACUUGCAUGUUUGAUCAGGUCUCACCAGCUACUGCUGAGUCCCAUUUCAGCAAUUGAUGGGACCCACCAGAAUGUGCUGAGAAUCUCUCCAGUCUCUACCCUAAACUCAUUCUCUCUUGCACUAGUAUCCUCUUCUGGCCUAUUCUAUUCUAUACUAUACUAUCAAGACAUCCACAAUUAUGGUGCUCAGUACCGUUUGUUUAAUUAUUUAUUUAUUGAAUCUCUUUUUCUUUUGUGUUGGUUUGGUUUUCUUUUUUCAAAAUUUUUUUUUAUUGAUGGACAGUUAGUAGUUGGGAAUAAUACACCACCUUACAAUCUUUAAUUGUAAUAGCACCGCCUGUUAAUUUCUAUCCCUGUUCGUCCUGUUCGUCCUGUCCAGUCUUUGUUUCCCUGCACAUCACUGAGGUGUAGCACUGCCCUCCCUGGCUCAUAAUAGGGAAUUCUAAUAAAGAAUGUCUGCUUAGCUUUCAUGGAGGGCCGGUGAUGGUCACACACAUGCACUAAAUAUGAAAAUAUUUGGCUGCAAGACUAAAAUAUGCAUCAAUCUCAUACAUUGUUGACUCCCCUUUUGUGGAGUUAAACAAUGAGAACAAAUGCAGACAAACAAAAAAACAAAAAAAAACUUUAUUGUCCCAAAGGAAAUUUGUCACACACAGUAACUGCCGUUAAAAUACUUCUCACAGUGCAUAAAUACAGUUUUUAAACUUCCCAGAGCAUCCAGGACCAAAGGUAGAGCACUGGCAGGAGGUGAUGUUCUUCCCGGACAUAACAGCGGAGCUUCACUUUAAGUGAUAUUGAAGAGGCGCUGGAGAUAUGAUGUGAUUAUGAAGGUACCACAGACAUUAUGAGGAAUAGACUCUGAACUAUGCUCAAUACCUGUGUUUAUGUACAUUUUAGUUAUUUAUUGUAAUUUAUAGUGUUAUCCAUGUCAUGGGAUGUUUUGAGCUAUGAUUCUUUAUUCAGUUUUUUUUCUUUUCCCAUUUAAUUAUUGUUUAAAAAUGUUUACUUAAAUAUUUAAUUUUUAUUUUUAUUUGAUUAUUACGUUUGAUACUGCCAUAUGUUCUUGUUGCGGGACUGUUCAGAAUUUGUUUGUAUAUUGUAAUAUAUGUCCAGUGUAUAAAUACAUAAAAGCAAUAAAUGCAUGUUUAAAAAAAAGGAAACUAUUUUCUCUGACUUGCAUUUUGCUGUUUGUUUCAAGCAGCCCAUCAGAUGGCAUCGUGGAGCCAGAUAUCCAGAGCCAGAAGAUCUUCAAGUAACAAUUAGUGACCUCAAGUUCAGGCUCAGCGACAGGGUGUCUAAAUGAUCAGCAGUCAUUGUGUAACCUGAAGCUUACGGGUUCAGCCGCGAUGACACCAAGCAUUAUUAAACGUUGCACAAGACACUAAAUGCAUUCUUGAGCACAUUCUGUAUGUCAAGUCAGCAGAUGCAGGUUAUUCUAAAAAAUGAAAGAGGAAGAGGACAAGCAGUUGCUGCUUAGCCACUUAUUAGACUGUGUCCUCUUUUCAUUAUUAUUCUGUGGUGUGGAGUUAAAAAAUUACCAGCUAGGCCAUGAACCUGCCACUAUGUGGGUGUGUUUUGGUUGUAAACACAACCAAUGAAUUGUAAUAUCUGCUGCACUUUGUCACCACAGAGGAUUUGUGUGUUUGGUCAGCCAACACUCACCUGAGUUUUCUCACCUUUCCUGGCAGAGCUCACCUGGAGGCAGGGCUCAAAGCAGGACACAGCAGGCAGGCCAUGGUUCUCCCAGAGCUGGACUGGUGACUGCGGCUCUGUUAACCUAUACUGGACUGUAGAGGAAAGGAAUGGCACUGUGAGAGACAUUGAGGAUGGCCAGGAGUUGAACAUCACAUGCAUCCCACAUCUGUCUCCCUAAAUACUGUGUUGUCCACAUUGUCGCUGCCCAUGGUGCUGAAUCCUGUUUGUAAUACGACGAUGACACUUCGGAGAUGCAGGAUGAAAAUGCGGCGGCACAGGGUGUUCUUGCUGUGCACGGUGGGUCUGUGCGUCAUCUCCUUCCUCCACUACUACAAGGCCCUCCACUACGUCUCCCUGCUACGUGAGCUCUCCGCUCCAUACCCCAACAUCAAGUCCUUCAUCAUGGUCACCGGCUUCUUCUGGAGGGAGAAAGGUGUGGCUACCACCCCGCUCAGCCCAGCCUCCCCCGAAGAGGCUCCUCCCCUACCUGUUCUCCGCCAGUCGGACACCAAAGCUAGAGGGAUGGCGGGUUCUGUAGGAGGUGGCGGAGGGGGAGGCCUGGGGACUGGGGGAGUCAUGGUUGUAGGUCCUGGAGUCAUUGGCCAUGCGGGGCUGGAGAUGAGGCAGAGGGAGGAGCCGGCGCCUCCUCACCCGUGGGAGAAACCAGAGGAAAACCAGCUGGGAGAGGCACCAAAUGAGAAGAGAGCUGAAGACCACUUGAAUCUGCGGAACCCAGCCCAGCCUGCCAGGCCAGACCCCCCAGAGGUACCAUUAGCAGGAAAGGAGCACGCAGUGGUGUUUGCCCACGAACAACUGCCAGACCCUGUGGAAUCACUGGGUGACCUCCACACCCGUACUCACCAGCUUCAAGAUGACAAAACACCUUACUUUGUCCGCACCAAAGCUGGAGCCCUUUGCUUCAGACAAGGGACGGAGGUGGCCACCCCUAAGGAGUACUCUGGAAAGCCAGGAGGUGCUGUGGCUAAUGGAGCCGGGGGAGCUGGUCGAGCUGGGGCUGCCGGGCAACGGAAACCUCUGGAGCUCCAACAGCAAUCUUCCAUAGCUCCGAAAGCCAAGGUGAGGGCCAGGGGCAAUGGGAAGCGACUGGUCAAGUGUGUUUGUCGGCCGGGAUGGCAUGGACCUUACUGUGGGGUUCCCACCAUGGUGUACCAUUCAAAUCUACCAACCAAGGAGCGACUCACACCCAGAGAGGCUCCACGGAGGGUGAUCAAUGCCAUCAAUGUAAACCACGAGUUUGACCUGCUGCAUGUACGCUUUCAUGAGCUCGCCCAGGCCGUAGACCUGUUCCUUGUAUGUGAAUCCAACUUUACUGCAUACGGAGAGAAGCGGCCUCUCAGUUUCCUGCGGCUCCUUCUCAACGGCACAUAUGACUACAUACGACACAAGAUCCUGUAUGUGUUCCUCGACCACUUCCCAGAAGGCGGUCGGCAGGACGGCUGGAUUGCUGAUGACUACUUGCGGACCUUCCUGACACGCAACGGCAUGUCCAGGGUGGUGGGCGCAAGAUCAGACGACGUCUUCGUCAUCAACGACGCAGAUGAAAUCCCAGCACACGAGGGCCUCCUAUUCCUCAAACUGUUUGAUGGUUGGACAGAACCUUUCGCCAUCCACAUGCGCAAGUCUUUGUAUGGCUUUUUCUGGAAGCAGUUUGGGUCUCUAGAAGUGGUUUCAGGCUGCACGUUGGGGAUGCUCCGCGAGGUCUAUGACGGCGAUGGUAUCAAACUGCGCCGUCGUGAAUAUUACACCAUGCCGGGUUUCCGUAAGUAUGAGAAUGACACGGGCCACAUCCUGGUGCAGUGGUCGGUGGGCAGCCCUUUCCACUUUGCUGGGUGGCACUGCUCCUGGUGCUUCACACCUGAGGGGAUCUACUUCAAGCUGGUGUCAGCGCAGAACGGAGACUUCCCGCGGUGGGGCGACUACGAGGACAAACGUGACCUCAACUACAUCCGCGAUCUGAUCCGGACGGGGGGCUGGUUUGAUGGCUCCCUGCAGGAAUAUCCUCCCGCAGACCCCAAAGAGCACAUGUACGCCCCCAAGUACAUGCUGGAGCAUUAUGACAGGUACCACUACCUCCUGGAGAACCCUUACAACAAAGCAUCCAGACUGAAUGAGCGCUAGAAGUUCAGUUGGGGGAAAAGCAAAUAUGUGAAAUAACUAGUAGGGUCCAAGUAAGGCCUCUGCACUGAGUUUUUGGGGUGGGACGGUACUGAUGAUUUACAGCUCUUGUAGGAGCAAAACUAAAUGUAUCUCCGCCAGGCAGCACUGAUGUUGCAGGUUUAAAAUCUCUUAAAAAUCAUUACUUUGGGGUCAAAAAAGGGAACACUGAAUCACAUCCGCCAUGGAUCUACAGAGAAAGCAUCGAGAGGAUACAAGCACUGGAUAAACAAAAUCAUAGAUUUCCUCAUUCCUCCCUUUUUGAGGGAGACGCCAAGCAAACUCUUUCUGCCACGCCGCCCCUGUCCUCCCUUUCUUCACCCGCCACUUCGACACGCCUGUUCUCUGAGAGAAAGGGGCAGCUUCAAUGAAAAGAUAUUUUGCAGGCAUGUGGAACCUGUGGAGAUGAGAAACUUGUGACGUGAAGGACAUUUUUUUUUCUGUCUGUGUUUACUGAAGUUUACAGACCGGCUGACGUUCCCUCUUCACUCUCUACCUUCAGAUGUCUUCCUGUCAUAUUUGGUGACCUACUUCCAGAAACAGACUCAUGUUCAGAUGUUACAUUUUUUCUUGGGUCGCAGUAGAAAAUUACAGCUCCUGUUUAAACCCCCUGCUGGAGUACCAACCGCCAAAUGAAAGGGAAUGACUCAGUGGAGGUGUUUCAGCUCAUACAUAUACUCACAUUCAUCUUCAUGCACCUUAGAUCUGUCUGUGCGUUUGUUAAAAAAAACUUAAAAAAAACUAAAAACAAAGGUGUGCUUGGUCAGUCUUUGUGUCAGAACGUGAAGUUUUGGGCUGCGAAGGAGGCAUAAAAUCAGCUAGCAGAAAUAUGGGGGACAGACAGUGAAAUGGGAAAACAGGUGGCAGGAGAAACACAAUGAUAAUGAAGGAGGAAGAGAGCGGUGGUGAUGGAAAGGAAAGGAAAGUGUCUGCUGACCUACGAGUAUUGCAGGGAUGAGUGUGCAGUGUGUGAAUGUGUGUUUUCCAGAGCUCACAGACAGCUCUGGAUAAAUCAUACCCCGUCGAUGGCAUCUGAGGUGGUUAUUGUCAUUAUUGUUUGUCCGAUCUGAGAACAAUCCAGAGCAGUUGGGGAAAGAUCAUCCUUCAGUUUUCAUCUCUCUGACUAUCCAGCAGCUGGGAUAACUGUGUUUCCUUGGAAACUACAGUAUGUGAAACAGAGAGACGGGAUGAGUGUUGUUAAGAUGAGUGGGUGGGUUCACAUCAGGCGAGGAGCUGCAGUGUUCAGACGAGGUCAACCCCAACUGUGAGUCCCCUUGAUUAAAUAUUCUGCUUUCUACUCAGCUGCCACUAACAGACAGUCUAAAAAUGACUUUUCUAAGCUUCUUCUUUCUCCCAUCCUCUCUUUAUGCAGGCAGUGUUGCUCUUCCCAGAGUUUGUGUUUCCUCGUAAUCCCCAUUAGCAGGGGAUAUUUUGUUCACUCCUCAUUUUGCUCAUUAUUUUUUCUCCAACGAUUCUACCUUGUGUCAAAAAUGGUGAAACUCAUCCUGUGACUUUCCUUCAGUGAUGCGUUCACAGACUUACACUGGCUCUCGCUCCUUUUAGAGUCUAUAUCUCUUUCAUGUUAAUCCUCACAAGAAUGUCCCAUUUCAAUAAUGGGGCUUUGUUUAUCUUUUCUAUGGCUCAUUUCUCUCCUUCCGUCUCGACCGGACAGUUCAGCCGUUACAAUGCCUUCAGUUUGCCCACAGAUCACCAUCAUCUGAACAUUUAGGCAUGGGUUCUCUUGCCUCUUGCUUUCUCUGUGCGGUAGACAGCUGGUGAAGUGUCGAGGUGCCUAAAUCCCCACCCUGAAUCGUUGGUGGCAUUAGUUGGUGAUGUCUCAGACAAUUUGGUGAGCAUACUUCUGUGUGUGGUUGUGUGUGAUGUGGGCUGAGGCCCGCAGGGAGCUGCGUUCCAUUGUGAUGGGCAAGGAAAAUGUAGCAGCAAUGUUUACAAUGCUACAGAGCAGUAGAAAAAAAAGGCUGUACAUGGAGCAGACAAGUACCGAUCAAACAACAGUGCGUGCAUUGAUUUUUCUCUUAACUGCAGGUUGACUGUAUCCGCCAUCUGCUUCUUCAGCGCUUGUCUGGGCUUUGGAGAUAGCGUUUACCUCGGCUUCGGGCUAGAUGCUGUUUCAAGGUGAAGAUAUCCUCAAGAGGAAUAAAAAGUUGUAGAGGUGCCAGGAUAGGACUGAAAAGAUAUCAAAACCGUAAGAUAAAAGUUUUAUGUUGUACCUUUAAUUCCACUUACAAACAAGACACUGACAGAGAUCGUCUCAGUACAGAACGCUCUUUUUUCCACCUGCUUAAAGUGUCCUUGAAUCAGACGUUAAAGUUUCUGUCUUUUUUUAGAUGUUGCCGAUCUAAAACCCUAAAAGCCUCGGGUUGAUAACACAGUAACAAAACUAAGAUUUAGCCUAACAUGUGAAGCAUUUCUGUCCCUCAGUUCACCACCAUGCUGGCUCUUCAUGGCUGUAAGCUCUUGGUGGGAAAAUGAGAUUAAGCAACAGGCCGCUGACAGUUGUGUCGGCUCUGUGCUGCUGCCUCGAUGGCAGCGUGGUCUGUGGCAGCAGCUGUUAGGGGUUUGGUGUUGGUGCUGAGAGCCAAACUGCCAUCCAAACCCAGAGGGGCUGCACAGAAAUGAGCUUUAAAUAGGAUUUGACAUGAGGCAAGAAAAUAAGCGACAACAAUGCACCAUUUCACACUCUUUAUUUCUGAAUUAGAUUUUCUACCUUUUAAAAAAUAAUGAUUGAUCACAGCUGAUGGAACCAAAACGAAACAAAUGAUGAAUUUUAAAGAGAGGUAGACAACUUGGGUCCUGAGUUAACACUUUAACAGAGUGGAUGCUUUAAAGAUAUUAAAUCAUGAAUUCAGGCAGUGGGUCAUUUUGCAUUAAAGCACUUCAUUUUUAUCUGCUUCAUUUUUUGAUAAUUUUGUGGCACAUAUCCAGGCAGGGGCACAUCCCCUGCUGAAUUAAUGAAUACUUUUGAGCUUUUCUAGCAAAAUAUCAUAGAUGGAUGUUUUCUGAUGUCAGCAGUUAACACAAAACUGACCAAACUAGUCUUAUUUGAAUUACGCCAAACAAACAAUUUUCAAACUUACAAACUUCCCUCGGACUUAAAGGCCUCAAACCGCAGCCAUUUGCACACUCACUCUGUCUGUCUUUCUUGGAUAAAAAUGAGUUCACUCUCACAGCUCCAUACUGCCGUUUGCAAAACUAAGUUUGUGCUUUAAAGUUAAAUGCCAUCUCUGAAAUGUGACCACAGGGGUGUCGGUUUAACUCAUCAAGAACUGGGGUGUGUGUUUGUGUUUAAUCCCUGCCAAGAGGCAUUUAACUGAAGUUAACUCCCAGCUCUCAGCCUGCUGCAAUCAGGCUGUACAUCUGGUGAACGGUGUGUGUGUUUGUGUAUCCACACAUAUGCUCCACACUUUAAAAUCAUUUCUGUAUGUGUGCAACAGACAGAGUGACUCAUGCCAGAUAAGGGUGUCUGGUGUGGUAAAAGACAAGCCAGGUUACUUCUUACUUGAACUGUUUCCCUGUUAUCGCCAUGGCAACAAUCCCCCUGAUGAGUCCCUGAGAUCCCCGACAGCCUGAGGUCAUCAACCAGGAUAGGAGGAGAACAGGAUAAGAGGUGAGGGAGUGCAGAGGGCAUACAAUUGGAGAAAUCACAGCAUAGUUUUCCACUUAGUUCCACCGGCAGAACCUGACCUGAGUAUGAAAUGCAAACUCUGUCAUUGCUCAGUCAUUUUCAGUAAAUGUCACAGCACUGCAGAGCUGAGAAUAGUCACACACACAGUGUACACAAUUGCCCUGCACACACUUUUAUUUUUCUUACUGUUUGUUUUUGUCUUUUUGUUGAUUUGACUGGCCCAUCACAGUAUGCACACAAUUUGCAUGAGGAGCAGAAAAGGUAGACAGGAAAAACAUGUUUUUUUUUUAGCAUAAGCCAGGAAUGAAAUGAGAAGCAUUUUUUUGGUCUGAGCAAAAACAGAAACACAAAUAUACAAAAAAAGAAGCAGUCCUUUCUCAUACAAAGCCAUCGCUUGAUAUAUGAAGAGUGGAAUCCAGAAAGAGACAUUUAGGAAAUAAUCCUUCCAGCACCGCUCCCAGUGACAGUCUUAUUGGAUGAAGCCUGGUUAUGACACAGGGGAGGGGAUGGAGGUAAUAAGCUUGACCAAACGGCUUUGAUUUUUUACUUUGAUGAGGGACAGUCAUCACGGCGAUGAAAUGAAAACCGUCCAAAUGAAGGGAGCAGCUCAUCUCCUCUGUAAAAGAAAAUCUAUAAACCGGUGACAGUUUAAGUAAAGAUGAGGUUGUGAUGUUGAAAGACUGGAGUGGUGUCUGUGCCGCCUCGAUGGGCGUGCAAUGGAUUCAAAGAGGCUGAUAUCCAAAGAGGAGGGUCCGUCUUGCUCAAGGACACUCCAGCAGAUUGUGGCCACUUAGAAAGUGCUUAAAGUCUGACAGAUUCAUGUUAGCAGACAGACCAAUCGCUGCUGACCUGUAGCUUGCUGUCAGUUUUUGUCAUGAUCAAACCUACAAUCAAUAAAACAAUAACCAGGGCUGUAGUGGAGGUUAAAUGUGUAUAAACGCUAUUUACCAUCACUUAAAUUCUGAAGCAGAAUUCAUACAGCUCUGCCUCAGCGUUUACACAGACUUUACACCUGUUAGUGCAUGAAAACUAGGCUUCCUCUCUGUUUUAAUGUGGAACAUGGAUCCCUCAUUCAGCACCAUAUUAACGCAGAGCCACUAUGAGUCCAACAUCCGCUUGUUCUACACAAGAAUGAAAACAAAUGCACCUCACAUGCUAAAGCUAGCAAACUGAUCGUAAAGUCUGCAGUGCAACUUUUAUGGGCAGAGCAUGAUUUAGAGUUCAGAGGAAAGACGUUUGACAUCUUUGUUAUAUAUAACAACCUGUCAAAGGAAACACCACAACAUAGGAAGAAGUAAGAAACGUGCGUUUUUAAAUAAUGUUUUUAACCAUUCAGUUUAUCUGCUUUAUUGCUGCUUUGUAGAUUGAGUACUGCUUGAUGGACAGUUUUCAAAACUGGGGCUGCAACAGUGAAAUUAAAUGAAGCCACUCUGAGGGGGCAAGAAAACGUUUAAGGUCUAACUUAUUGAUUUUUUAAGACAUCAUUUAAAUGCAAGCAAACACUUGGUUGUAACCUGCUAUAAAAUGACAGAUAAAUCUCUUACUAAAGGGACUAACGUUAUACAACAAACACGCAUUUACUGUCUUCUAAUUUUGUUUAAACCUCUGAACCUCUAGCAGUUUUUGGGCAUUUCCUGCUUCUGUCACAUUAUACUCACUCUUAUAUUGACGUUAAUCAUAAAAUACUAAUAUAUAUAUAUUGUUUUGAUUAUUUAUUGCACAAAAAGAUGUUUAAAACCUGGAUGGAACAUGUACAAUUUUGCCCAAAGCUGUUACCAAUACUGAAAAAAUGGGUGUUCCACAUACUUUAUUUAAUUACUUCCAUCUUUAAUUUGAUUUCAGGUUUGUCUAAAUACAGUCUGCAGUUCAGCUCAGUUCAGCUGAAAAGUCUCUGAAGCACAGAAUUUUUCUGUUUUUGCAACAUCUGCUUUGAGUAAAUGGUUCAUUUUUGAUCCAUUGUUUUUUACAUUAAAGUGAUAGUGAUUAAAUAUUUUGAUUGCUAGCUGAGAUUUGUUCCUUGACAGAAAAAAAAUCUGAUAAUUCUUACUGUUGCAGUUUAUUUAAAUUGUGUUUACAUUAGAUAGAUAGAUAGAUAGAUAGAUAGAUAGAUAGAUAGAUAGAUAGAUAGAUAGAUAGAUAGAUAGAUAGAUAGAUAGAUAGAUAGAUAGAUAGAUAGAUAGAUAGAUAGAUAGAUAGAUAGAUUAAACCUUUAUUGAUCCCACAGCGGGGAAAUUUACAAUUUAGUGUGUUUUAAAGACAAAACCGACAAAUUGAACAAAUUACUUUCAAAUCAGACAGUUAUGCUCCUCUAUUACAAUCAAAAUGCUGAUCAGAAUUAAAGAACAUACGCUGCAGAUGGGUUUUCAGUGCAUCCUAAUCAGUGUCCAUCAUCAUGAGGUUGUGAUAGAGGUAGGCUUUACGCUUCCUUUAUUUCUACCACUACAGCCCUGGUAAUAAGCAGUCUUUAACCACAGCAGCCUUCAGGAUGUCAUAGUAUUUUCAGCGUUUGUGUCGUUUUACCAAAGAUACAAGCCUUGGCUCUUAAUUUGAUCCAUUUUCUCUGAGCUGCUCGCUUCAGUUGAUUAGAAUAGAGGGAAUAAAUUAAGUGUAAAAUGCAGAACUGUAAAGGAGACAGAGUGAUACUGCUGCAGACAGGUUUGGAGUUACGUUGCUAGGUAACAGCACGGUGCUGGCUUUAUUUGCUUUCAGUUAUUGUUAUCAGCGAGAGGAAAUAACCAUUUGGAAGAUCUGUGGUUGAAAGUUCAGUGGUCUAAACUUAGAAUAACAGCGCUGUUAGUUGAUGUUUUCUGAAGAAUCAUUUCCAUCAUUCUGCGAGGGUUGUCACAGAUAAAAUCAUCAGUUCCGUUUAAUAUUUUAUUUGGCAAAAAUUAUAAUUUAUUUGAGAACAUAUCUUCACAUGAUUCACACACCUAAAGGCUUAAAUGGGCACCCCAGUGAUUUAGUAUUGUACUUCCCAUCAAAACACAUAAUUGGUGCAGCAGGAGCAGAGAUAGCCUCCAAACACUGGAUCUUUCAUUUCCCACAAUGCAACUCAGUUACAUGUUUUUACUUCUCUGCCUUGUAAAUACUCAGUGCCACCAGUUUACAAAACAAGUUAUUUGUUCUACAUUAUAAAUGAAAGUAUUCAAGGCCAAGUCAAGUUAAUUUCAAUGACAUCACCAUGGCAUCAUCGGGGCGCUGUGGUCAGACAUAAUUAAACGACAAUAAAACUGGUGAAGUCGCUCUUAAUUCUAUCUUAAAAAAGCCCAGAAAAAUCUGAAACAUCAGUCUAAAUAGAUCACUAUCAGACCGCGGCCCAUUUUCCAGCACGCGCACACUAACCACCAGCACAUGUUGGGAGCGUUCAGCACGUGUGUGUGUGUGUGUGUGUGUGUGUGUGUGUGUGUGUGUGUGUGUGUGUGUGUGUAUUCUGUACAGAUGUGUUUCUGCAGGCCUGCGUUUCCCCACCAUCGCCCCCCAUCUGUUGUUGUGCUCACAGAGUAGCUGACUGGCUGCUUGUCCACGGGGCUUACAUGCCUUCACAGCUCUGGACCCCCGCCAGCCCUGUGGCUUCCACCCAUUGAUCUUUUCCAAGAAACAUUAGCGGCAAGCAGGCCGGAAAUCAAAGAGAGGAGGGUGUGGGGGUGCAGAGGAAAGAGGGAUCCCUCUUUUUUCUUCUUCUUUUUUUUUUUUUUACUUUGUUGUCCGUUUCUUUCUUCUUUCUUUUUGAUGGCUCCUUACGUGGCUCUUGAAAGCGGCAUGGCAAAGGUGUACUGUCUUCUUUGCUUCAUGUGACUUUUCAACUAAUUCAUUCUGAAGUCCAUAACUGUGAAGAACAUUGUGGCUAAAUCAGGCUGAACACUCCACAGCGCAUGUCUCCCAUCAGGCUGUCGUCUUGGCUGUAAACAUGUUGUUAUUCUCUUCAUGCUAGUGACGGAAAGCAUUCACAUCCCACAAACUGAGCAAUCGCAUUUACUGCGACAGCUGCAUCGAUGUGUCACCGCUGAUUGGAAAACACUCAGUCUCCGACCACAAGCAGUGCACCCGAACAAGUGCACGGCCGAAUCCUCUUUUCUGUGCUUAGUUGGUGCUUAACGCCUGGAUCUGUUCAUAUUACACGUGUUGUGAUGCAAAUAAGUCGUGCUCAAGGUUCAGUCCACCCAAAUAACAAAAGUGAAUCAUUUUCACACUUCUUUACAAUGCUACGUUUCUGAACUUAGUUUCAUCUGCCUAGAUGUUGAGAUAUGAUUUUAUUUUCCUGUCUCCACCCUAAUAUAAUAUUUCUAGUGGUUUUCCUUCAAAAGACUGUCUACCAAAGAAAUAAUCCUUAUGACAGCUGCAGACAGUGUGUUUUAUGGAUCAUGUGAAAUAAAAGAGUGACUGUUUUUGUUUUUUUUUUUAGUUUUUGUUUUUAUGAAACCCACAACAGAUAUUCCAUUCUCUUUAAGCAUUCAGAGUUGGAUGCUGAUAUCUCAGAACCUGGCUAAUAAAACCAAAACCAUCUGAAUGGCUAAAUAUGACAGGUAGCAAAUAAAUACAUUUGGCUGAACUAAUCCUUUAAAGCAUUAAAAAGUGGUUCUUCCACUGAGGAGUAAAACCUUCCUUUUGUUUGCAGUCUUGCUAAUGAGUAAAUCAAUUGGCUGCAGUCCAGUUUUGCUCAGAAAGAGCAGCCAAACUGUGGAAAAGAAUUUUCUCUAUCACACAAUGAAGCGAGCGCCACCUCAGCAAAGCGACUAAUUCAGUUAAGCAGCAGUUUCAAAGCAGCGCUGCAUGUGAAAUAGUGGAAACAUUUGUAAUAAAGACCAGGAAGCGCUUCUGUAAACAUGUCAGGCUUUAUUGCACAAAUGUGUCUGGAAUGUAUCUGAGAGAUGUGUGUCAUAACUCUUGUGAAUGCCUUCCAGGACAGAUUGCCGGCUUGGGGGUAGGUGUGGGACACGUCUGGUCCAGGAGUCCACAUGUUGUGACAGGGCAGAUCAAAAAGAUGAAAGUCGGUGUAGCAGCGCGGAGACAGAUGGACGCUGUGACACAUACGUUCACGAAAAGUCAGGCAAACAGACAGGCUGACACCUGGCUGCAGAUCAAAUGCCAUCAGAAACUGGAGGAGAGGGAUGAGUGUUUGUGUUUGUGUGUGACAGACAACAAGAUGUGGCCAAAAGUAUACAGUCGUCUCUGUCAGCACAUGGUCUGGGUUCGGCUCCUUUAGUUCCAAAUACGGGAAAUCUUAAAGCCCCUGAAACCCAAACUAUUUCUAUAUCAUGACGAUAUAUGCAACAGUCAAAGUAAACAUAUGAAUAGGCACUAUUUAUUAAGAAUCUGAAACAGCAAAACUCAUCGGAUAAUUCUAAAUCCUGACUGGUGAAGAAGUAUAUGACAUCACUUUUUCUAACUUAGUCCCACUCUGUUCAAGCCAGUAACAAAACCUGAAAUAAACUAGAAGAAACAGGAAUUUUCCAAAACUGUGCUGACGUUGGUAGAAAAUAGUGUGUCUAUGCAUAGAAAGAGGCAGAUUGGAAAAUAAAUUUGAGCAUUUAACGUACUAUUUUAGACUGCAGCCCCCACACAGAGAGGUGUAAUGUUUGGUCAUCUGUAUGCUCUUGCCCAUGUUUGUUGUGUAGGUUGAUUCGUUUUUGUGCGGUUUGCGUGCAGUCGGCUUUGUAAGUCGAGGUUCCCUGCAAUUCUCAGAAACUUGCCGCUCCUUUGCAGCCCAACCUGAGUUGAGACAGACACAGAGAACGAGGGUGACUGGGUUAGAAAAAAGCAAAUGAAGGGGAGGGGAGACUAAGGGAAAAACCUCCAGACGGGUUUGAAUUCCCCACAAUCAGAAAGAGAGACCGAGAUGGAAAGAGGGAGGGAGUGAUCCUUACAAUCACAGACUUUCCACAUUUAGAGCGUCUCCCCUUUUUGUUUUGGUUUGCACUUAGGCUUUUAUGUGAAGUCAAUCGAUGUGUCUUUCCUUUCUGGGGUUUGGUUUUAAAAGUUUUAAUAUUGCUUUUGGUGUAGGUCUGAGAAACAGAGAGGGGCAGGUAAUGAGUGUCUCUGUUUUUCUAUUUGACUUUGUUUUUGUACUUUUUUAUUUGUAAUUUUAUCCACUUGGCAGCUUCAUAUUUACUAUCUUUUUAAGGCGGUGAGUGUGUGUGUGUGUGUGUGUGUGUGUGUGUGUGUGUGUGUGUGUGUGUGUGUGUGUGUGUGUGUGUGUGUGUGUGUGUGUCUGUCUGUGUCUGUGUGUGUGUGUGUGUGUGUGUGUGUGUGUGUGUGUGUGUGUGAGCUCACAAGUACUGUCUCAGCCUACUGCUAGAUAGACUUCUACUCCACCUCACAGAUCUUUUACCUCCUCCGAUGACGUAAAGGGGACGUCAUACUGUGGCGGCCAUCUUGUUUUGUUGUUUUUGUGACAUCAUCUUUUCCUCGUGACCUUAACAGCAUCACCUCUUGUUCUGAUAUAUUCUUACACUGUUUUUCUUUGAGGUUUUUUUUUACGCACACAAGGCAGUUGCAGUCACAGAUAACCACACACACAUGCAUACAUUCGCACAAUGACGCACAAACACAUACACACAGUGCAGUCUGUUUUUUUUUUUUUUUUUUUUCUUUUUGGUCUGAUAGCGGCCUUGUUCUCUGCUGGUCAAACAGUCAGACUACUGUAGGCGCUCUGUUUGAGCCCUCGCUGUUAUGUGAUCGCUAUGAAGGCUCACCAUUGUGUGACCAAAAAACAUUUUUGUCAUCGUUCAGCUACUCAGAACCAGUUAGGGCCGGAGUCAUGACCCGAGAGCAGCCCAGGAUACAGAAGAAGAAAAGAAACUGCCAUUUUUGCCCUCCUCUUUUCUUUUAGUCUUCUGAGUCUGUCACACAGCAAAGUGGUGCUGGUUUGAUGCUUUUCCGUGCUUCUGUUAUCACUGAUAUCCUCUGUGUGUUUUUUCCCCUCCAAAUAGACAAAGAUGUCAAAAAACUAAAAUAUAUAUAUUUGGGAAAAAGCUUUUUAUUUGAGUUGCAUGCUGAACUACACAGAGUAAUUCUGCCUGUAAAACUAUGACUUGCACCUUAUUGGAGGGAUGUGCUUUUUUUGGUUUUUUAAUGCAUACAUAAAUAUAUAUAUGGGGGAUGUAUCAUGUUUUAUUUUUGAUUUUGAUAAAGGAUGUAAUUGUUAGCUAGUCAGGCAAUGUAUGUAUCUUAAACAGGGUUCUGAUUUUUUUUUAAAUGCUUAAUAAUGCUGAGUUUCACUAUAACUGAUCAGUCACUGGUUUUUGUUGUAGGACGACUUCACUAAGCAGAAACUGAUCCUGGUGAGCAUGAAAAAGCCCAGCAGAUUUCCAAAAAUAUUUGUUUUCAAAACAGGAUUUUUCAGUCUUUACUCCAUAAAACUGGGAAUUCUUUGAUUCUUUAAGAUGAGACACAAAUUGACAAAGUGUUUAUCCAAGAAUAUUGAUGAAUUCUCUGCCAACUGGAGAAUUCUGCUUUUAAGAAUGAAGUAAAACAAUCAUGGUGACAGCUGCCGCUUAGUGAAGCAUCGUCUGCAUGUCCUCAUACACACACUGGCCUGUCCUCACACGGUGACCACUAGGAGGCGAUCUGCUGGUCCUCCCAAAUACCACAUGUCCGCACUCACUUCCUCCGCCUUCCGUCCAGCUUGUCCUUGGAAAAGGACAAAAAACACUGACAAAAGACACCAUGUUGUUCACACACAGACACACAACAGUACAGUCUUGGCAGAUGAGUGGCGCUCGGUGUGGUGCUGCCACCCGCUCUAAUGUCCCCAGGGCAGAGUACUGUCUGCAGCCAAUUAACCAACAGGGCUGUUUGCCAGUUCCAUAUCCAUCUAAUCCUCUCCACCCACCCGCCGGUUUGCUGAAUAAGCCCUCCACUUCUUUAUAGACUUUGUUGUGUUAAAAAGAGAAAAAAAAAUAAUACGGUUUACAAUGGGAGAGGGAUAGUGAAAGUAGGUUAGUUGUUUUGGUGUAUCUCUAUUGGAUAAAAUCCUGGUGGAACAAAAUGGGUUGCAGCACUUUGUCUUUUAUUUUAUAAAUGGUGAGAUCACACCAUUCCCCCGUAAAAAAACAAAAACAGUCACCCCUUUUCAGGAACACAUUUCCAAAAGCUAUCAAGAGCAGAAAGAGGAUUACUGGACAUUACUGUUUUAUUUUUGACAGUGGCAACAUAUGAGCGAGCCCUGCUACAUAUUGUGAUAUCAUACAAUAACACAACCUGUAUCCCCUGCCUCCCUCUGUCCCCAUGCACUGAUAAUGAUUGUAAAUGGUCGCAUAGUUUUAUUUUUUAUAUCAUUGUUGGGGCUUUGUUUUGUUUCUGGGGUUGUCUUUUUUUUUAGUUUUGUGCUGUUAUUUUGAAAUGGUUUGAUGGGUCUCUGUGGGGAAGAGUGUGUGUGUGUGUGUGUGUGUGUGUGUGUGUGGGUGUGUGGGUGGGUGGGUGGGUGUGUGUGUACUGUAGCUUACUGUAUGUGUGCGUGACAGACGAGUAAAAGAGAUUGGAUGCGUUGUUUAGUGGCUCUGUGUUCAGCUCCCAGUACACAUCAGCCCUUUGCCUGUGUUCAUCAUUGUGCCAGUGUGUUCAGGUGUUCCCUUGCGCCUACAUUCGUUCAUCCAAAUGAAGAGAAAAGCAACUGGAGAUGAAGAGGAGAAGGCAGACUGCCUUUUCCCUCAGGGGAAAAAAAAAAACACAUGCGAGAAGAUACUUUUGAAAAAAGGAUAUUUUUCUCCUCUGUGGGGUCACAAAGAAGAGUGUACAUUUCUAAGUUAACUGAAAAUGAUGAAUAAAAAAAAUCAUUUGUUCUCAAUAUGAAUGGCUGUAUGUUAACCAUGAACAAAAAGUAAUGAGUUCUAUGACAAAGACAUAUAAUAAAUUAAUUUUAAAAUUUUAA